UUUGGAAACCUCUGCUGUAGCAUAAUCAGUCCCACAACAUUCACAUUGAGAGACAUACACAGGGAUUAUCACAAACUUGAGAUGGUAUAGUGCACAAGAUUAUUGCAAUUCGAGCAGUAGAGUAGGCAGCAGGUUCAAGAUGAUACGGCUGCAAAUACUAUUUUGGUAUUUCAUCACGGCUGCCAGUGCUGUUCACUACGAGUGCCUUCCGUAUCCAGUCGAUUCAGUGUGCAGAAUAGAGUACAUUUCCUACCAUUCUGGUGAUAAAAUAACUUUUCCGAAAGGUUACCAACAAUUCCUGAUCAAAUCGUCACUUUCCUCGAAACUAGAGAGAUCCAAUAUAAGCAUCUUUGAUCAUGACCUCUACGAUGCCAUGCACCGUCCGUCGAGCGUUAGAAUGCGUGACACGGGAAUCAACACUCUAGAUAUGCCUCCCGAGCUAUUGUUGGGUGAUUUCAGCGACAACCGGCUUGUUUCGGUGAAUACAUCUAAUGAAGAUAACUUCCAAAUUACCUACCUCGAUCUGUCGUUCAACUGGUUGGACAACAUAGAGUUCGUUAGUCGUUUGGUCAACAUGGAAACACUGUUCCUGCGAAGCAACCGCAUCAAAAUCGUUCCUCGUUCAGCACUGACCCCGCUAAAGCAACUGAAGUAUCUGUAUCUACAAUACAACCAGUUCGCGGCGAUUCCUUGGAACGAUAUUCCUCACAGCGUCAUGUUCCUGGAUUGCUCUCAUAGUGUUGUUAGGAUGGCCGAGUUCACCGACAUCAGCUUACCAUCGUUGGAAUACCUGAACCUACAGUACAAUAUGCUUUCAUCGAUCAACGUAUCUGAUUUGCUACUGGCGGCUCCCAAACUUAAGGAAGCCCAUCUAUAUAACACCGAAAUUGAAUGGCCUAAGCUAAUGGAUGAGUUGGCCCUGAACAAUAUCAGUACUAGUAAUCUAUUUCAGUUUUGUUCAUUGGAUAAAGGUUAUACAGUGAUAUUGGGAGUAUGCACCCCACCACCAUCGAUGUAUUAUGUAAGGGUUGCCAAGAAAGUACUACUUUGGAUUGUAGCCAUUGGAUCUGGAGUGUUAUGUGUAUGUACUCUUUUGUUUGCAAUAAGACAUAUGAAGAAACUACGGUGGAUCUGACCUAAGA